AUGAAUAUAUUAACAGGAAAAUCUGAUGAUAAUGCUACCAUGACUGAUUAUGAUGAUUCAAUUCUUAUUGAUGCACCUCAAUUAGAUCCAGAAUUAUUUUUACCACCGGCAAUGAUAAAUCAUCUAAAAGUUGUAAACAAACCACUAUGGAGUUUAAAAGACGUAGUCGCUUAUAUUUUUUAUCAAUAUCUUUCAAAACGAGAAACAUUAAGAUCAUGGUCUAUUGGAUUAGAUAAAAGAUUACCAUCUCGUGACAAGAAUUAUUCAUCAACUUAUCGACAACGUUUAAUUAAAUACGCAUUGUAG